UGUUCUUAUUGGAUUGCUACUGUUAAGGUUUCACUUGUGAGCAAAGACUCUUCUAUGUUGGAUGGGCUAGAAAAUGCCAGCAUUGAAAUGGAAGGAGCUAAGGCUAGGUUGAAUGAGAUUAUAACUGCUGGAGCAAAAUCAUCCCAUGGCAGUGGAACUGCAGAGUUUCCCUGGAUGGUUGAUGGUGCUGGACUGCCUUCCAAUGCAAGUCAACUUCUACAAAAUUUGGUCCAAUUGACUAAAAAAGUUACUGCACAAGUAAAACUACCCUCAAUAGAUGAGGACGAGGAGCUUGCAGAGACAAGCUCAUUUGCGGAUGCAGUGCUUCCAUAUGACCAAGCAAAGGCCCUAGGGAAGGUUAACAUUGAUGUUGGUCGAAUUGCUGCAGGCUUGCCUUGUGGUAGUGAGGGUUUUCUUUUGAUGUUUGCUCGCUGGAAAAAGCUUGAGAGAGAGUUGUAUAAUGAACGCAAGGAACGGUUCGACAUUAAACAAAUCCCAGACGUUUAUGACUCCAGCAAAUAUGACCUCUUGCAUAAUGCACAUCUCAAUCUAGAAGGGUUGGAUGAGCUCUUCAAAGUUGCUCAGUUACUUGCUGAUGGUGUCAUCCCAAAUGAGUACGGGAUAAAUCCAAAGCAGAAACUCAAAAUCGGCUCAAAG